CGAGGAUGUCCAUUGAAGUGUUGAAAUGAAAAUUCUUUAGUGAUUUUUGGUGAUUGUUAUAUUCAUCAUAUGUGGAAAUUUUUUGAAGGAAAGUUUUGGAGGCUGUUAAAGAAAGAAUCAAAAGUCAGUGAAAGAGGAUCGAGGAGGCAGGCCAAAUUUGCAUCUCACAAGCAGUGUUUACGCGCGUGGAUGCAGUUCUCAGUGACGGAUUCUGCUGGUUUUAGUGAUUCAAAUAUUUGAGUAAUUAAGACAAUUUCUGAGCAAACAAAGAAGGGAUUUCCUCGAAGCUCAGUAAAUCUAACCACAUUACAACCAGGAUUAAGUCAUCGAUACUCCGCAUAUCAAUUACUGAGUCAUUAUGAGGAGCUCAUCGAUUAAUAUGUCCCUUUCGAUGACAUUUAUGUUCGUUCUAUUUGUGUCGCAAUUUUUAAUCACCGUAGAGAGUAGGACUACUGGAUCAUGGGACAACGGACGAGUUGUUAAUACAAUUCGUAAUCGGGACAAGUCCAACGAGGAUGAAGACAGAAUUAUUUUCAAGGACGAUGACGAUGAUGAACAGGAGGGUGCCACUAAUGUGAGGGGUGAUUUCAAUAACGCUAAGGAUGAUGACAGUGAUACACUUGUACACAAGAGUAUCAUUGGUGGAACAUUACGGAAUACGUGUAAUGCAGGUUAUAAGGCUGACGACAAAGGUCAAUGUAGAAAAAUUGAGCAAAAUUUUCCCGAAUAAGCAUUUUAUUAUACGCAGAAAUGUACAAUUUAAUAUAAUCUCACGCAAGAUGA